AUGCGAAGCGCAUCGCAUGUGCUGGUCAUUCCCAACGACACGGUGAGCAUUUAUACAAGACUCUGGUGUGUGUAUGAGGCAUAUCUUGGCACCUGCUGGCACAAGACGUGCCUGAUGCCUACGCAACCAAAGUUGGUAGUACACAGGUCGGUCGUCGCAUCAACCAUUAUCAUCCCUUGCGGUAUUGGCCUGUUGAUCGGGUCAAUGUGGCUGGUAUUUAUCUCUGGUCACAAGACCCUUUCACACAACAUGGCGACGCUCCUCAUGUUCCUUUGCGUCACCGGAACGGCUCUUUGCUUUGCACUCUCGCUGCUCAUCAAGCUAACAUUUCUUGAGUUUAUCAUGGCCUGGCGCGUGUGGGUGAAGAUGAUGAUUGUCAGGACAAUGCACAUCCUUCUGCUGCCCGCGUGUAUAGCGGUGGCCUGUGCUUGGUUCAGCCUGAAACCUCACUUCUUCUCUGCCUGGGAGCAGUUCCUGCACUAUUUCAUCCCGGUGGCGCUUGUGCUCUUUAACCUCCUCCGUAUCACUCAGCUGAACCAGCACCGCCUCGAAACCCUGGAGCUUACCAGACAGGCGAGUAACUUGCAGAUUCGCACGCUGGAUGAGGCAACUUGUACAAAUCCCACGGAUGAGCGUCGGAUUCGAGACGACAUCCAGGGUCACGAGGCAGAUGUCGAUUUGACCAUCAAGGUGCUUAUGAAAGCUGGGGCUUACAAUGACUCACUUCGAAAUGCAUUCGAAGCGGGACUGGACAUCAGCGGAAUCGGCAACACGGACCUUUUGACCAAGAUGGGCACGGCGACCAUGCUUUGGGUCCUAGCCAUUGUGGACUCUAUGGGUUUCGUGGACAACUACGCUGCUUGCAGCAUCGGCAGCGUCGGCUGGCUUUACUUGUCCAUAGCAUCUUCCACCCUGCUGCUGGGGGAAUUAGCAGAGCUGUCUGGGUUGCUUUUAGUACAAAAAUUGUCACAUCGCAGAAGGUUUCAUGUUUUGUAA